AUGGGCGCGCUGGGCUUCGUGGCGUGGUACGCAGGCAGGCAGCCCGCCUGGCCGGCCGGUCGGCCGGCGCGCUGCUCGGCAACCGGCAGGCGGCCGUCACGGCCCCGGCCGCCCGGCUCCCCGCCCUCCGCCCUCCGCCACGGUAAAUGGCGCCAGCAUUCGGCUUCAAACGUUGCCGCACACCGAGGGAACCCCCGCCUGCCAGCUCCCGUACACCCAGCAGGUCGGGCAGCCGCUGUGGAGAGGGAAACGGGGGUUAAUCUGGUGGAUUUCUGUGGACAGACCAUCAGGGCUGAUGGAAUCAUUAUCAACUCGCACCAAGAAUCUCAGAAGUACUACUUUGUCACAGUCGGGACUGACUGUAGGUUUACAAUGCAGGCUGCUUCGCCAAAGGACAAAGUUCAGUUUCAGUUUAGAUUCUUUUUAGUGUACAGCCUACUGAGAGAGUCUUCUAUCCUUCAGCCCACGACUGCACCUCCACUACUGCAGCGCAAUGCAACAGGACCUCUGUCGCUUCUAAACACCAGUAGGCCUAGGCAAAGAGCUGCCCUGCCACUCAUAGGAGAGGAGAUUGUUGACACUUGCAAUGCUGGAUCAUACGUGCAAUUUUAUGAUGGUAAGGAUAGAACUUCUCCACCAAUUGGUUCCCUUUUAUGUGGGAAGACCAUCCCCAAGCCAAUUUUAUCAACUGGCAACUACCUUUCUCUGAGACUGGUCACCAGAGGUCAACAACCCAGGGUGGACUUCGUUGGACAUUUCACAUCUUACAGACCUGGUUUGAAAUCUUCAGAGUGCAGUGGAGAGGCAUACUUUCAAUGCCAAAAUGGAAAAUGUAUUCCAAUGAGUCUGGUCUGUGAUUCAGAAAGUAUUGACAACUGUGGUGAUGGCAGUGAUGAGUCAGCAUUUUUUUCCGAAAAUUGUAAAGAUAGUUCCUCCAUCUUGCCAACUCCCAAUGAAACCAGUACCAGCACCAUGGAGCACAACAAUUCACCAUCACCUUCUAUCAGUCUCAGUACUUUUUGCCAGACACCAAGAAGACACCAUCACCUUCUCUCAAACAGCAUUCCUUAUCCAGACCCUGCUGCAGACAACAAGUCAUAUGUUUCGCUGCUCACUCUCUACAUCAUCCUGGGAGUUAUUGCAGGGAUUGUGCUACUGUUCUGGUGUUGCUGGUCACCGGGCUGGUUAGUUUGGAGGCUCAGUGUCUGCAGAUUUCUACCGUGCUGUAACUCUUUCUGCGCUGCCUGCCAACUCUGCACCCACAGCUGCUGUCGGAUGGACAAGAAUCGACUGGCCAAGGUCACACCACAGAAUGCAGUCCCCAUACCUGUGUGAUAUCUGUUGCAUAGAUUACUCCCCUUUCCCUCUAAGUGUAUGUCAUUAAUAGCCUGACCAGAGUUAGGUACUACUGCAACCUGACAUUGCUACAUUCCCGCAGGUCCAAAUUGGUUGGAACAGUUUAGCCUAAUUUAUCACUUAGAGUACAAUCCACUAGAUUUGUUUAAUUAACUGAAGGGAUUCUCUGUUCUUCAGGAGAGAAAAGUGUAGAUAUUCUGAUUACUGUCAUGUGGUCUAAAUUGUAAGAAAUUGCAUUAAUUUGUCCCGAUUUUCUAAACUUGAUUAUUGUGUUUGGAAACCUGUAAAAACAGAUUUCUUCUAACAGCAAAAAAAGUACUGCAGAUGCUGGAAAUCUGAAAUAGCAGCAGAAAAUUCUGGAAAUACUCAU